UGCUUUUGUCUGAAUCGUCAUUAUUCAAGCUGCUAAAAAGCACUUCACAUUGUGCUUCACGAACAGCAACACAGCUGCAGUGGCCCCAAGAGAUUUACGCAAUUUCGAUGGCCCGUUAGGACAUAUUUCGUUUUGGGCCUUAGCAAUGGCAAGUGUGGAAAUUUUCCAUGGGUUAUCUAAGCAUUGGUGAAGUUCAUAUUGUUCGAGAACUCUUCAAUGGUGAUUGGAUUUAGGGUUUCGAUCCUGAUGGUCUAUCAAAAACAAACAAGAGGAGGUAUCUUUCGAUGUUCUUAUCUCAAAUGUAUCCCCUGAUUGUUACGUAAUCAGGGUUCAGUCUAGCUCUGCCUAUGCUGUUUUAUUCAGUUCAUCUUGAAUGUAUGAAAUCAUCAUGUACGUAAAUACCUUGUUUUCCUUUUAGGCUUUGAAUCUUUGGUUUUGAUGUUGAAUACUGAGUAAUCAAUCUGUUGUUGAAGUUUUUGAGAUUGUUUUCCUUAGAUUGAUGAGAUGAGUGUAGUGGGGUUUGACAUUGGAAAUGAGAACUGUGUAAUAGCAGCUGCUCAAGAACGUGGGAUUGAUGUCUUGUUAAAUGAUGAGUCGAAAAGGGAAAAUCCAGCUGUGGUUUCAUUUGGUGAAAAGCAGAGGUUUAUAGGCGCCGCCGGCGCAGCCUCUGCAACAAUGCACCUGAAAUCGACAAUAUCUCAGGUCAAGAGACUAAUUGGGAGGAAAUUUAGUGAAGCCAGUGUUCAGAAUGACCUGAGAUCACUCCCAUUCGAGGCAUCCGAGGGACCUGAUGGUGGAAUCAAGAUUCAUCUCGAAUACUUGGGAGAAAAACAAACAUUUACCCCAGUACAGAUCAUGGCCAUGUUGCUCGGACAUUUAAAACAGAUUGCGGAAAACAAUCUUAAGACACAGAUUACCAGUUGUGUAAUUGGUAUACCUGUUUAUUUUACAGCUUUCCAGAGGCGUGCGUAUUUGCACGCUGCAGAGAUUGCAGGGUUGAAGCCUUUGAGGCUGAUGCAUGAUUGUACUGCAAUUGGUUUGGGCUACGGUAUCUACAAGACAGAUUUUUCAAAGAAGGGUGCGACGAAUGUUGUGUUUGUGGAUGUUGGCCACUGUGACACACAAGUUGCUGUUGUGUCAUUUGAGUCUGGACGAAUGAAGGUAUUGUCCCAUGCUUUUGACAGCAGCUUAGGAGGAAGGGACUUUGAUGAAGUUCUGUUUAAACAUUUUGCUGCUCUGUUUAGGGAGCAGUAUAAUAUCGAUGUCUAUUCUAGUGCAAAGGCUUCUAUAAGGCUCAGAGCAGCGUGCGAAAAGCUGAAGAAGGUUUUGAGUGCUAACCCAGAGGCCCCCCUUAAUGUCGAGUGCUUGAUGGAAGAGAAAGAUGUUAAAGGAUUCAUUAAGAGAGACGAUUUUGAGAAAUUGUCUUCUGCAUUAUUAGAAAGAAUAAGCAUUCCGUGCCGUAAGGCUUUGCUUGACUCUGGCCUGACAGCUGAGAAGAUUCAUUCUGUGGAACUUGUUGGUUCAGGCUCUCGAAUUCCUGCCAUUACAAAGAUUUUAAGUUCACUUUUUCGUAGAGAACCGAGCCGGAAACUCAAUGCAAGUGAGUGUGUGGCUCUUGGUUGUGCUGUUCAAUCUGCUAUGUUUAGCCCCACAUUCCGAGUGCGGGAUUAUGAGGUGCGGGACUGCUUGCCGUUCUCAAUGGCAUUUGCAUUAGAUGAAGGGCCAGUCUCUUCAUUUGCAGAUGGAGUGUUGUUUCCGAGAGGAAGUGCUUUUCCGAGUAUCAAAAUGCUUACGUUGUACAGAAAUGAUAUAUUUCAGAUGGAAGCCUUUUACUCUAAUGAGGAGGAAUUGCCUCCAGGUGCAUCUACAAAAAUUAGUUCUUUCAAGAUGGGACCAUUCAGAGUUCCACAUGGUGAAAAAAUGAAGAUCAAAAUUAAAGUUAUUGUUGAUCUCCAUGGUAUUGUUACCAUUGAUUCUGCCUCUUUGGUGGAUGAUCAAGUUGAUGAUUCUACUGUAGAUAACAGUAGAGACACUGUUUCUGAAAGUCUGGAGCAAAGUUCUAGCAAAGCCAAUGGCUUAAAUCCUGAAAUCAGAAGGCUAAAGGCUAUGAGAAGGCAGGACAUAUAUAUUGAUGAGGUCAUGUACGGUGGAAUGACACAAGGUGAUCUCUCCCAAGCCAAAGAAAAAGAGCUUCAGUUGGCGCAGCAGGAUGUGAAAAUGGAGAGGACCAAAGAUAAGAAAAAUGCACUCGAGGCUUAUGUAUAUGAAACCCGAAAUAAGCUUUUCAAUGCAUACCGGAGCUUUGCUUCUGAUUCUGAAAAAGAAGGAAUAUCCAGCAGUUUGCAGCAAACUGAGGAGUGGCUAUAUGAAGAUGGAGAUGAUGAAACCGAACAUGUUUAUACCGAGAAACUACAGAGUUUGAAGAAGAUGUUGGAUCCAAUUGAAAAUCGAUACAAGGACGAAGAAGAAAGGGCGAGGGCCACCAGAAAGCUACUAAAUCGCAUAAUGGAGUUUCGGAAGGCAGCAGAAUCACUCCCCCAAAAGGAAAAGAAUGCAAUUAAUGGAGAAUGCAAUAAAGUAGAGCAAUGGUUACAAGAGAAAAUGGGACAACAAGAUUUUCUACCUAAAACUGCAGAUCCUAUAAUAAAGUUCGAAGACAUAAAGAAGAAAGCCGAGGAAUUCGAAGAGGUGUGCAGGAAUGCAACAGAGCCUAAGUUUCCUGGCCGCCAAACUGAGUGAGCUAGGGAAUCCGAUACCAGAAAUAAGAUCGGAUGACAUGGAAGUUGACUGAGACACACUUGGUGUCUGUGCAAGAAAGAAUUUGAUGCCAAAAGUCAUACUCGGGAACUUAAACAAUUCGUUGAGGUGGCUAUGUCUUUUAGACUCGGUGCUAUCACUAUCUGCACCUUCUGUAAGUUCUCCCUUAAUAUUACUGGUUAGAAAUGCCUGCCAAUUGACAUCAUCCCAUACAUGAAGCAAGCACACGGCUAAUAUAAUUGAUUCCCCACCCCCUUUUGUAGCCUCUUUUGUUGGGGAGCCUUCAAGAAGACUCACUAGCAUUUAUUCCAGACAUCUAUAUUUCCCCACUCUGUUUUUCAUUUUUUAAUUUUCCUCAUGGUUCUUUAGGACUCUUUUCGCAGCCAACACUUGAGAAUUAUAUCUCAUGUUUUCCAUGAUCUAAAAAAUGAUUAAAAUACUGUGAUUCCUCUCUUCCUCUAUAGUAUUCUUAAUGCAAUAACAAACAGUGUUACUUUUUA